AUGGCUUUCACAAAGCAGUACCACUUCAUCUGUUUGGCUUUGCUCUUCAUCUUGGGAGCUUUGCCUUUUCGAACUACAUCUCGCAUUCUAUCCGAGGCAUCAAUGAAUCAGAGGCACGAGCAAUGGAUGUCUCAUUAUGGACGCAUAUAUAAGGAUGCCAAUGAGAAGGAAAAGCGAUUCAAGAUAUUUCAACAAAAUGUUGAAUAUAUUGAGUCUUUUAAUAAAGCGGCAAACAGGCCCUACAAGCUAGGAGUCAAUCAGUUUGCGGACCUCACAAAUGAGGAGUUCAAGACCUCACGAAACAAAUUCAAGGGCCAUAUGUGCUCCCCAGCAACAACUUCGUUCAAAUAUGAAAAUGUAACAGCAGUGCCUGCUACUAUGGACUGGAGAAAGAAAGGUGCAGUAACCAGUGUAAAGGACCAAGGCCAGUGUGGAUGUUGUUGGGCAUUUUCAGCAGUGGCAGCCACGGAAGGAAUUACCCAACUAACAACUGGAAAGUUAAUAUCGUUAUCGGAACAAGAGCUGGUCGACUGUGACACUAGCGGUGAAGAUCAAGGUUGUGAGGGUGGUCUCAUGGACGAUGCUUUCCAAUUCAUUCAAAAAAAUAACGGUCUCGCUUCUGAAACUACUUAUCCCUAUGAGGGAACCGAUGGCACUUGCAACACCAACAAGGCAUCAAACCAUGCAGCCAAGAUAACUGGGUAUGAAGAUGUCCCUAACAAUAGUGAGAGUGCAUUACUAAAAGCUGUUGCCAAACAACCAGUCUCUGUUGCCAUUGAUGCUGGGGGUUCUGACUUCCAAUUCUACUCCAGUGGCGUCUUUACAGGGGAUUGUGGUACUGACCUAGAUCAUGGUGUUACUGCUGUUGGUUAUGGGACCGCCAACAAUGGGACUAAGUAUUGGCUAGUGAAGAACUCAUGGGGCACAAGUUGGGGUGAAGAGGGGUACAUACGGAUGCAAAGAGAUGUUGAAGCAGAAGAUGGCCUUUGUGGUAUUGCAAUGCAGGCUUCAUAUCCCACUGCCUAA